CCGGAUUGGGAGAAAGGUGGCGGCCCUUGGCGCGGCAGGUUGGAAGCGCUUUCCGGGUUUUCGGUUGUUGGGGUUUAUUUGAUGCGCGUGUGGAGUCCGAGGUUGCCCCACAGGAACAGAAUGGAAGGAGAAUUGAGCAGACUGGAAAUUCACACUCCAGUUUUUGACAAGAAAAAGAAAAAGUACUCUGUAUAUAAGGAAGGCCAUCUGAGGCAUCCCCAUGAAAGUGUCAGAGACUCCCCCCUGGCAAGCGAGCCAUCUCACGGAACCAAGAAUAAAAAAAAAAGAAAGGAUCGCCAGCAUCUCCUUCCUCCCCCUUUGGAAAAAUCAGAAAUUUGUGGUGAGAUGGAAAAGGCCACUUCUAAACCCAAAAAGAAUAAAAAGAAAAGGCAUAAGACUUCAGAGAUGGAUGAGGAAUCAGGUGUGGUGUAUGUCGUGGUGGAUAAAGAAAAUAUCGAGAACACGCCAAAGAAUUUUAGGGGGGACGUUGACGUCGUGUAUGUUGACGUGAGCCAGGAACAGAAGCCAACAAAAGAGUCUGAAGCAGACGAACCGCAUUCAGUUCCAAAGUCACAGAAGAACAAGUCGGAAGAGCUGCACCAUAAAGUUAGGGAGAGAAAGAGGAGAAAACAUCAGAGGCACAUGGCCUCCUGGGGUGCCGAGCAGGAGAGCCUUGCUGCCCUGCCCGAGUCGGAGCCCUGGGAGCAGGAAACUCCUCUUUCUGUGGGCCCUGGAGGUGGAAUCCCACAACAACCAGUAUCAGCUGAUAAAAAAAAAAAGUCUAAGAAAAAAAAGCGAAAAAUCGCACAUGACCAGGAACUGGAGGCCUUGCCUGGGCAUGAGAGUGUCCAGGUCGCGUACUCGGAGGGACGGCAAGGGGUCAGCGAGGUCGGGACUGCAGAAGGCAGUAAGGAAGCCGGCCGGGUAAAGAAAAAGUCUAAGAAAAGGAAGCGAAGGGCUUCUGUUGAAGGUCCUGUAACUCCUGGGGGUGAUUUUGUAGCGCCUGCUGCGAGCUUUGAGGAUACACACUCGGAUUCACUGGAAUGUAGCAGUGCCCUGAUUGAAGAAAGCGCGAAACUCAGGCCUCAGAAGGAGAAGACCCAGGCCUGUUUGGGAGAGGAGCAGAGGUCGGAACUGACAAAUGAAGAGGAAAGCCGUUUGGAAUUGGCCAAAGAUUCCGAAACAAGAUUCUUAUCAGAAGACUCGAGGGAUUCGGGUGACUCGGAUGUGGACUUGGACUCCGCCGUGAGGCAGCUCCAGGAGUUCAUCCCGGACAUCAAGGAGAGGGCCGCCACCACCAUCAAGCGGAUGUACCGAGAUGACUUGGGGCGGUUUAAGGAGUUUAAAGCCCAGGGUGUCGCUAUUAGAUUUGGCAAGUUUUCUGUAAAGGAAAACAAGCAGUUAGAGAAAAACGUGCAAGACUUUCUGUCCCUGACAGGAAUUGAGAAUGCCGACAAGCUGCUCUACACAGACAGAUACCCAGAGGAGAAAUCUGUGAUCACCGACUUAAAAAGAAAAUACGCAUUUCGAUUGCAUAUUGGAAAGGGCAUUGCCCGGCCUUGGAAACUCGUUUACUAUCGAGCAAAGAAGAUGUUUGAUGUCAACAAUUACAAAGGCAGGUAUAGCAAAGGAGACACAGAGAAGUUAAAGAUAUACCAUUCCCUGCAUGGGAACGACUGGAAAAAGAUCGGCGAGAUGGUCGCUCGGAGCAGCCUCUCUGUCGCCCUGAAGUUCUCCCAGAUCAGCAGUCCGAGAAAUCAUGGUGCUUGGAGUAAGACGGAAACCCAGAAACUAAUCAAGGCCGUCGAAGAAGUGAUUCUAAAGAAAAUGUCUCCCCAUGAGUUAAAGGAAGUGGAUUCUAAACUCCAAGAAGACCCCGAAGGCCGCCUGUCCAUCGUGAGGGAGAAACUCUAUAAGGGCAUAUCUUGGGUAGAAGUAGAAGCCAAAGUAGAAACCAGAAAUUGGAUGCAGUGUAAAAGUAAGUGGACGGAAAUCCUAACCAAGAGGAUGACGAAUGGUCGGGACGUGUACCGCGGAGUUAACGCCCUACGGGCCAAAAUCAACCUCAUCGAAAGACUGUAUGAGGUCAACGUGGAGGACACGAACGAGAUAGACUGGGAAGACCUUGCUAGCGCCAUAGGUGAUGUUCCUCCGUCCUAUGUUCAAACUAAAUUUUAUAAGCUGAAAGCUACCUGUGUUCCCUUUUGGCAGAAGAAGACUUUUCCAGAGAUUAUAGACUACCUUUACGAGACCACCCUGCCUCUGCUUAAGGAAAAGUUAGAGAAGAAGAUGGAGAAAACGGGUACCGAAAUCCAGAGUCCCGCGGUGCCCAGGCAAGUCUUCCUGUUCAGAGACAUCUUUUACCUUGACGACGACAGUGAGGGAGAAGAUGGGGAGGAGCGGAGGCCCACGGGUUUGACCACACACAGUGAGGCGGGCUCUGCUAGGAGCCGAAGAUGCCAGAGGGAGCCGCGCAGACUUGCAGACGACAUGCUCUGGGGCUCGCUGAACGCCAUUGCCCGUUCGUCUCCUGAAAUACACGCGGGUCCUAAUCUUCGGACCUCAUCAAACAGCGCAUCCAUCCUCCAGUUGGCUCGAGUCUGACCAAGCUGUCACCAAGUCUGUGUUCCCGCCUCUCUCUUCCCAGCACUCUCUGCUGUGUAUUCUCUUCCUUGGUGGCACCUCCCUGUUCAAGAUGCCAAGCCUGGGUGGGCCCUUCCAUCUGCCUCCUC